AGGGACUCAACAUAGGGAUGGACCUUUAGGAAGUACCACCAGAAAUUGAAUUCAUCGUAUUUCCAGUGCAAGGUCUGCAGGCAGGGAUUAUCUCUGCCCGCAAGCUCGUGUGGCGGAUUGCUUAUAGGAAUGAAAAGAUUGGUCUAGUAUGGACCAUUCGUAUCCUUGUACUACUACUAGGAGCCAUUAGAAAAAGAUCUGCUGAUGUAUUGUAUCAUAUCUGAAACUAUAGCAAAACUAAGGAGCUAUAUAAAGACCAAUAAGAUAUGACCGCAAAAAGCACCUGGAGGUACUUAGAUAUAACAAGAACUACUACAACAGAACUGAAGGGCAACUAGAAUCAUCCACUUAGAUUGCUAUGAUCCCGCUCGUGUAUAAUGAAAAUCGGAGUAGCAGUGUUCCUUUCAGACUAGCCAUCUGGUGUGGUUCCUCAGGGUGAGGAUGCGAUGGGAACCCGAGACACUCGGUACCACUAGACAACGACGCACAUGGGCACUCUUCACCAGGGAGCACAUCUGACAAGAUGCGUCAGAAAUGUUGGCGAACGCGGCGGCCAUUAUUGGCGAUCUUUUAGAAUUAACGGCCCUACCUUUCAAAACUCGUGGCCCUACCUUUCAAAAUUCACGCUCUAACAAACUUGCAAAAUUCACGCCCUAACUUUCAAAAUUCAUGCCCUAACUUUCAAAAUUCACGGCCUAACUUUCACAAUUCAGGCCCUAGCUUUUGCCAUUCAUGCGCUAACUUUCAAAAUUCAUGCGCUAACUUUCAAAAUUCAUGAGCAUAACAAGACGCUGCGCGUUUUUGCAGUGUUGUCGCAGCAUUCGCCUACUUUCAAAAUUCAAAAGCUAGAGCCAAAACUUAAAGUCAAAAUUUAAAAUCGAAAUUCAAACUAUUAAAUUUAAAACUCAGAACCUAAAGUCAAAAUUCAAAAUCAACACUCGAAACUCAAAAUUAGAAACUCAAAAUUCGAAACUCAAAAUUCGAAACUCAAAAUUAGAAACUCAAAAUUCGAAACUUAAAAUUUAAAGUCAAAAUUUAGAGUCAAAACUUAAUGUCAAAACUUAAAGUCAAAAUUUAGAGUCAAAAUUCAAAAUCUCAAGAAUGUGUACACUACUACUACUAAGUCAGAACUUUGAAUCAGAAAUCAAAUCCGAAAUCUUGAAUAUGAGGAGUUUCAAAAGCAGACUGAAGCUUUACAAGUAGAGAGAUUUCAUUGACACGCUGGAGCAUAGGAUAUUUGGUACAGGAAUGCAUAAAUACUUUUCUGAUGAAGGAAAUGAGUCAAUAGUAUCGCGACUACAUUAUUGAUUUUUACAGUGGAGAUUGUGAAUUACAUACUAGCAAAAUAGGACUACUUACGUAGAUAGUUAAAGAAUUAAGGCAAUGAACAACUGGGAGCCCAGAGGGAGUAGCCUUUCAAUAGUUUAGCUGUCGUGUUCUCUUCUCCCUCUUUCAUUCUGGUCCAAUUGUACUAGGUAGAACUUUGUACGCCAUAAUCUUUUCUUAGUUUCUGCCACGCUUCGUCCCUUUGUUUCUGCGUGGGAAGUCAUAACUUUUUAUGUCUAGCAUGCAUUAUCGCGGCUGAGGAGAAACUACUUCAAGGAAACAGAAAAUAGGAAAUAGCACCAGUAUGAGUAUCUAAUCAUAUGUUUUUCUUUGUUGGUAGAUAGUUCUAAUCUAGUAGUUACUUAAACUUGACCAACAAUAGACAGAGUUCGAAUUUUUCUUGCACGACGGAGAAGACCGUUCCAGAGCAAGGCGUGACCACGCUAGGUCGUCGCUUCCCCACACAUCAGGACGCUCCAUAUUAACCUACUAGUCUUUCGUCGCGCCGCGCGAGCUUUCCGCGGGUAACGAUAUUCUAGCUCUCGCAAAAUAUCAGAAAGCAGACGCACAAGAUAGCGUCUUGCUUACUAUGAAAGUAGCGACUUCGCCGCAGAGAGCGGUGAAUUGUUGCGUGGUGCUCCGGCGCACGCAACCAGUAAUCAUACAAGCAUAAUGGAGUCUGGUGGCCAGCCCCUACUCUUAUGACAGAUUCCUAUCGUGUGAAAAUCAUUCUUAUCAGUCCGUUCUCGCUCACGCGUAUUUUCAGCGAUUAUUGUCCUAGGAUCUCCCACUUGCCCUGUUGGAUUUUUCCCCGUUCAUCUCGCAUCAAUUUCCCAAGCGGGUCGCCAUGCGGUGGAGUAAUGAGUCAUGGCUCGUCUACAACUCAAGGCGAAGCAGGCUUCUUUCAUAAGGGUGUCGAUGGUCGGACAGACCUGUUCAUGCAAAGUGAUCGCGCACCUCGCGGAGAUAAUUGCCCCAAUGUAUUGCAGGUAGUUUUCUCAUUAAACGUUGCAAACAUUCUAUAGCUGGGACUAGUUGUACCUCCACCACCACCGAAUCACCAAUCUAUGCAGCGACAUCAAGACGAACCAAGCACAAUCAGUUAAGCACGCUAGAUGAUUUGCAUUCGAUCCUUCGACGCCGAAUCAACAGGUACCAUGCAGCUCAGCCGAGAGGACAACAAGGAGCUGCAGCUCCGAAAAUUUUCACUCUGGGUUGGGACCGCGUCAUCGCGCUGCUGGUCACUCUUCUCCAGAAUCUCCAGAUAGGUACUGAACAAUUGGUUGUCUGUGUUUGCACUCCUGCUCUGAGGUUUAUUACUUAGUCUUCAUCUCAGACUCAGCUCGAAAUGAAAAUCUACGCUUUUGUGUCAAUUGAAAUUUUCGCAUUCUAUCUUCAAGUUCCAGGUUAAUGCCUCGUGGAUUUUUGCCGCAUACCGCAAGAAGCGGCUCCCCAACCAGUUUCGAGCAGCGAACACCUUGUGAGUACCCUGGACUCGCUACGCCGGACACUCAAGCCACGAAACAGUGUGCGAAACAGCGUCUACUUCCUCCAGAUAGUCAUCUUAUGAAACAACAAUGUCGUAGGCCCAAUCUGAAUCGACUAACAUCAUCAAAAGGAGCGAACACUUAUCAUCCAACGAAGUCCAUGACAUACUUGUUAGGUUGUACUCAUGUCCUUGUAGUCUUCUUAAUGUAUAGCAGCCUAACGGUACCCGUCCUGCAGCACUCUGACUAGUAGAGUUUUGAUUUACUUUCGCGGUUGCCUUGAUCUGUCAUACAUUCAUAUUGCAGCGAGAUGCAGUACAGCGACAUGAACAAGAACGCCUAAACCUGAACGAUGGGCGGGGACCGCUUGAAGUGACUGGGUGCCGAAACAAUGCUCCCUUUACUGGAGCAUCGUCAAUUUCUCGGGUUUUGCCGACAUGCGGUUCCCCAACAGGAGCCGGUGGCGGAAAUGCAAUGCCGCCGCAAGCGCAGAUGAACCUACACACUGGUGAGCAAAUCAACAUGGACCUCAAUCUUCAUGGGAUUGGAAUGGACAAUGAUAGUGCAGCAGGUUGUGGUCCACAACAUCGAGGAUGUCGGAUGUCGCAGCAGACUUCGCGCCAGCACAUCGUAGUCGGGCCAGCCGUGUCGUCCCCGCCUCGUGGACGUGGCUGUGGGCAUGCGGAAAGCAGUUCUAGUGCCCCUCGACGGCGCAGUUUCCAUCAGCUGCCAAACCAAAAUUGGGGAGGCCAUGCCACAGGGGCUUCCAGCGGCAUGGUGCACGGGCAUGGUGGACGUUUCGAGCCCGCGGGUCACGAUCCGUCCGGGGUUGUGCCUCAACACCAGCCCCCACUGCAUCUCGUCCAGGAAAAUUUCAAUCUAGCACCCGGCGGUGGCGCUGUCCCUCAGCACCACCCGAUGAUCGACGCUGUUGCGGCGAGUCACUGUCACACGCCCAUGCAGCUGCCGUUACGAGAGACAAACACAACGACGAUGGCGCCCGCCGCAGCACAGCAGCACAUGCUGGAUUUUUCCUGCGGGGGCCCGGAGAAGUUGACCGCUGCUCGCAAAGCGGAGGUACUGAGCUUGAUCCCGGAGAGCCGGGAAAUCCCAGUGCCGCAUCCCGCCUACUCCUUAGAUCCUGGUGUGAGAGACCGGUUUCUCGCUGGCAGAAUGCAUGAUCUGGACGACAACGCUGAGGACGAUGGCGAAUUACUUCUAGAACCCGACAACGGUGAGGACCGACGCGCCCUAGACCAUCAGCAUGAGCAUGAGAUCCAACAACCACUGGAUGACCAACACGAUCAGCGGCUGGGAGGUGGAAGAACAGGCGAGCUAGCAGCUCGCGGAGUGGCAGGUGUUGGGCAACAACAUGGUAUUGCCAAUCCACGAGGACAAGAUGACUCCCGUCGCAACUUUUUCACUAGCCAUAACAUGCAACAUCAUGACAUCAGUCAGAUUCCCGGGAUGAAUGUUGGGCGUGAUCGCUCGGUAUCAGACUGGGUGCAGAAUGCAGUGAGACGUGGGAGCACGCAGCAGAAAACAGUGGUUACGAGACCAGCGCUGUCAUCGAGUGCCGCGCAGCCAGGACCAGGGGCCGGCCAAGCAGGAAAGAGAGCGCAGCUUCGCGUAUUGACACAUUUAGAUUUUGAAUACACAACCAGGGAAGGUGGUUCUCUUUUGAUGUUAUUGUGUUUUUUCUGAGCGAAUUAUAUGCGUGUUAGAACAAUCAUUAACAUUAUCGCACCACCAUCCUAGAAAAAAAGCGCAAGUGGCUGUAAUUCUUUGUCUGUUCACUUGUUUCGCAAACUUUAAACUUUACAGAUCAAGCGCAACAGCCUUUCGGGAGAUGAGUGUCAGAAUGUACUACGUCAAGUACAGCACCCGAGCACAGGAAGACUUGCCGGGAUACAGCAGAGAAUGCAGUAUGAGGAUUUAAUGGACCCCGCGCGAGUAGACCCCGAUGACUACCAUGGCGAUCUCCAGAUUCCGAGCCGAUCAUUUGCUAGACCCUUCGGUAGUAAGGGGAGUGGCAAUCUCUUAAUUGGAGGCGGUCCGCUCAGUCAGCAGCAGCACGAUGUGCGAAGUUCCACGACCUCCAAUGCCGUAUUGGCUCAAAAGCAGGCCAGCGACUCGAACCUGCAACACGGACAGCAUGACUAUGACGGUGGAAUUUUGUUUACAAGAAAGGCGUCCACGGCAAGCAGCCGGGGAAGUGACCCCCGAGACGCAGGUCCCAAUAAUCGGAGUAUGGAAAAGCGCUACUUAGUAGUGGUCAUCGUGGUUCUCGUAGCAGCUCUGGCUUCAUUAGUAACCUUUUUAGUCGUCAAGCCGCAAGGCACGAGUUCGCGGAGCGGCGCCGCCUCUGCGCAGAGCGCUGGGAGUCAGUUGUCUCAGCAGCAAGCCACUCCGCAUGGUGGAUCUUCUCUCUUGGGCAACAGCAGUAUCGGGACUUCGUUUCCGGGCGGGAGCAACACAGUGCUGUCGAAUUCCACGGGAGAGAUACACACGCCUGCGCCUCUGGGAGGUAGUCUCUCUACCGGUGGUGGAAGUGCCUUGGGUCCGCCGUCCUUGGCGAGUGCGCCUCCUCCGAUCUGCACGGGGGGUCCGACUAACGGAGGCGGAGGAGGACAAGGUGGAGGUGGCGGGGGAGCAGCACCACCUGUGGCUGCUCGUCCAAGAGUAGGGCCGUCGCCUGGACCGAUUAGUUUGGCGCCCCUGCGGGCACCGGCGGUAGGACAGGGUCCGAUAACUCCACUGCCAAACGGACGAGUUCCUCCGCCGCAAGGACCAGGCGGAGGGAAUGGAACUGCUGGCGCCGAAGCUUCUCGGCCUGAGAGUGACCUCGGUUCGGACGGGAGCGAAAGUCCGCCGAGUCCACCGGGAACUGGAGCGCAGACUCCGCAUAGCCGCCACGGAACUAAGGAGCGAGCACGGCAACCUGCCAGGAGACGAGCAGUAGGCGCGCGAACAGCGGAUGCCUGCGAGGAACAAGGGUUCGAGCGUAGGCCUGCCGGUCGUCGGGCCAGAUUGCCUCAGAGGGGGAACAACGGGGAUGGUCCGCCCCGCUCGGCGAAAACAUCGCCGAGGCCGCAGGGAAAGCAGCUUGGAACGGGAAGGCGAAGGCCUCUUCAAAGAGGGCGCUCGGGGGAACAGCAAAUUCUAGACGACGCGUCCCCGACGGCGCAACAACAACAACAACAGGGGCGACCAACGCCCCUGCAGCACACCGCCGCUGGGACCUACGCAACUCUCGCAGUGCACACUGGUGGUCAAGCAAAUGCGGUGCAGCAAGGCGUGGCAGUGGCAAUGCCUUUCGUAGCAGAAAACUGCGUGUAUCACGUCCCGCAAAGCGGCUUCUGCACUCCGGCCGGUCCUGGGGCUCAGCAUGCACAGCCAUUGGUUUUCUACAUCGACCACCCAAGCGUUGUCGGGAGCGUGGCUCCCACACCACGCGGGAGUGGGAGAGAAUCUGGGACCGGUAGACUGCUCCAGGCGGCGAAUCUGAAGCUGCAGGCUGUUGAGGCCGAGCGGCAGCAAGGUCAGGGCGCAGGGAGUUGCCGAGGGUCGCCUGGGCCGAGUGGCAUGACGGUUCACUGUGCUAAUGGAGGUGCUAUUAAUGGAGCAUCUGGGCAACCUCCAGUUGAACUGGAAAGGGUCAUGAUCUCGCCGAAGGUAGGUAUCAUAACUGGUGUACCCUCCUCAAUGAGGCGCGCUGCUGGAGCAGGAGGCACUAACGUGCACCAGCUUUUUACAACCUGCAGAGAACAACGCGGGGGAGCCCCACAGCUUAGCGAACCUGGGGAGAUCACAACGAGCAGGGACACGUCGCCUGGGAAUGCGACGGCGGGUUCGUUUGGUUUGCCGAGGGACGCCUCAGGGGUCGCUAUGGUACCAGAGGAUUCUGUGGUUGGUGGCUUGGCGGAGUCACUGGAGGAGGGCGCAGCCAAAUUCGUCCAGGAGGAAGCGGCACGGGUAGGAAGUAAGAACUCAUCUGUUGCAAGCGCAGGCCUCGUGCAGGAAGUUGUUGCAACGCAAGGUGCGGAAGCGCUUGACCAACAAGGAAGUGGAUUACAACUCACCCCGGGUGAAGCAGGUCAUGUUGGCGAGAACAAUACUAUGAAAUUAGCGAACUCAUUGGCGAGUCUUGCUUCGGGUUCCACCACAGCAGCAGGGAGCGGCACCUCGGAUGGGCCAAGAAGCGCCCCUGAUAGUGGACGCAACUCGGAUGAAGAGCGGCCCUCACCAACGCCGUCAGGAUUGUCGCAGUCACCGCAAACUUCGCCCGCUGCUGGUGGUAAAAGCACUGCAGCUCCUCCAUCGGCAGGGACUGAGGCUGCUCGAGCUGCGGACGCAGAUGCAUCCGUCGUUGCUAGAAGUAGCGGCGCCACGGCUAGGGACAACCUGGAUGUCGCAAGCACUGGCCAAGAAUCGCAAACACGAGAGGACGCAGUGCGAGCAGCGGAGGGACGAGCAGCAACGCCACCUGCGGACGGAGAUGAUGCCCGAGUUGUCGAUGUCAGAGGCAUUCUGCAAGCGCAUGCGGUGGAAGGGGCUCGCAGACGAAACGCCGCUGACCCUCCAAAUCCAAAUCCGCCUCCUUCCAGCCCGAGCUUUUCCAAUGAUGCUCUGCUCGGUCGAGACGUGGCUAGCUCUCAAGCACUCGAUGGGAAAGCUAGUGCAGUAACGGAAUACGCGGGCGUGCGCUCCGGAAGCGCUUCGCCAGGGACGGCAGCCCCUCCAAGUAGAGCCCAACACGACGCCGAGGGUGGUCACCUGGCUGCUAGUCCAGUUCAUCUGCCGCCCCUAAGAGGCCCGCCAGUUCCACAGAGCAAACACUCGUCGCCAAAGCCUACGUCAUCAGCUAAUUCUUCUCGUGUGAGCUCAGCUGCGUCGAGUCCACAUCAGCCCAUCGCCUUGUCGCUGGCAACAUGCUGCGCUGAGCGCAGCAGGAACGGCGGCGUGGGACCGCAACCGGUCGUUGGAGGCAGAGCGGACUUGUCUGCAGGCAGCAGAGACGAACAAGAAGAGGAGGGCAGCGCUUCUGGCAGGGCUACGAGACAACUCGCUGUUGCCAAGGCGGUGUCGGUUGUACUGGAAACCGUUGAGAACUCCGGGACGAAUGGGGGCCGCAGUAAUCGCGGCCAUGGCGCUCAGCAUUCUCGACAGCCGCCCUCUGCGCUGGAUAGUCCGGGCGCGCCGGGAGUAGGUGGAGGUUUGCGGGGGCAGCAAUUGGAACAGCGGACAAGAAUUGGCGCGGCAAAGAAUGGCCAGUCCGCCAGGGAGCCAGCGCUCAGAAGGCCUUUACAACGACCUACUCCUAUGGCAGGAGUAAUGCAACUUGGACACCCUCCCAACGGCGAGCCCGCGAUGCCUGCCAUCCCGACGGAUCUAGAGUUUGCAGGAGCAGGAAGCGACUGUGCUGCCUGUAAUGCUUCGGGCGCCCGUGGUAAUUUAGGACCUUCAGACCAGCAGCAGCAGCAGCAGCAGUACGAGCAGCAACCACGACCAGCCGGAUUCGUAGUUCCGCCUUCUCCGGCACAGCAGGACCAGCAGCCCGGAUUCGUACUUCAGCCUCAUCCACAGCAGCAGCAGUUUGUUCACUCCUGGGCGCUAAAUGGCCUUCCGUCACCUGUUGGUGGGAUGACCAGAGGCCACAUUCUGCAACUCGCAACACCCAACGGAUCCCCGAUUCCUACCGGGUUGCUUACACCAGCUCCAUUACAUUAAGCUCGGCUUUUCGAUAGAAGUGCUCUUUUUACUCUCUCAGCAUCAACUCUGUCAUCGAAGUAAGUAUAUAUAUAAUUCAUUACAAUAGCAACACUCCGCGAAAGAAGAUUCACAUCCUCAUUUCGGUGCAUUCUUGUAAUUUCCGUCUUUCAGUAGAUCUUAGGGAUCCUGGAACACGAGGUGUACAAAUCUGCACCGCAGUACUGCUCGUCCUGGAAGAGCUAGAUGCAACGGUACCAUCUGAUUGAAAAUGGAGCUUGGCGUCGACGUCUUUCAGCUGAGUACUGGCAACAUGUAAAGUAUCGAAAAAAACACUUACGCUAAUUGUAGCAGCAUCAACACCAUCAUGCAGGAGCCGCGGUGUUUCAGGGAGCCUCUCCACAGGCAACGCACCAAUUUGUGGGUGUGCAAGCCACUACGACUGCUCAGCUUCCCACUGCUUGCCAGGUGAUCUCUCUGCCCGCCGCAUCACCAGGUUCCGGCGCACAAACACAAGUUUUUGUCGCGGUCGCAGCCCACAACGCCAUACAGGCGGCGCCAUGUCGUUCUGGACGCAGCACGCCUGCACCGCCAAGGGUUUUUCUGGCGAGCAGACCACCGUAAAUAUUUUAUGAAUACUUAUCUAUAUUUUCCCUUCGCCUUUUUUCAAGCGACUGUGACGAGACUAAGAGUAGUUAGUCUUUGAUUUGUAGAGGCAAGAAACUUUCUUCUUAUUUCACACUUCUUUCUGCAAUCUGUGGAUCAAAUCGUUAUUCCAUCCACGCUUUGCUUUGUGAAAAGCAUGAACUAACUUCAAACGACAUCUUCAGGACUCCACCGGCUGGACUAAAUAAUGGAUCGGGGGCUGCUGCUGAUGUUAAGGAUACAGUUUUUCACCAUCACCAUAUAAGGUGAAGAAUUAUAGAAAUGCUGAGUAGAAGAUGAUUUUUUUCACAUCGAAGUUGUACAGGGAAACAAGAAAGACAACUCAAGGACACUUUUUUAGAGAAUCAUGACAGACACUCACAAGGAUGAUGAGCGCCUGUAUUAUCUACUUAACUAAUAUAUUAUAUAUAGUGGCACUAUUGCUUCUGCUAAGGACGAGGAGGAUCUUCAAGGUGAUAACGAUACGCAAAUUCAAGAGGAAGCAUGGAAUCAGUACUACGAUCAUCAGCAGCAAAUGCGAAGUACAAAUCCGACACACUUGCUGCUCCCAAAUGGGCAAUUCCACCAACUUGUCACCGCUCCGAUUUUGUUGCCUCAUACUAACUGAUACUCCACAGCAGUGUGGGAGUCGAAGUACUAGUCGUGCCAUUUGGCCUCCGAUAUACGUAGACUUGUUGCCGAAUGUGCGGUCUUAUGCGCCCCCAGUAUGUAACUUGGAUGACAAUAGUUGAACAGGUUAAUCAAUUGUUUGAAAGGGUGGUGGCAUAUAGUCCUAACGCAAAAAAAAAAAAUCUGCGGUGGUCGAGAGUGGCCAUAUCAGGGACACACACAUGACAUGACACAGCAGUAUAUGUAUAACUACCCGAGACUCAUGCCAUACCAGAAAACGAGUAGUGACGGUUGCGGAUGAGGAAGACGCUCUAGCUCCUGAACUAAAAUUUGCCACGUCGUUGAAGAAGAAUCUGUAGCAGAACGUGCACGUCAACAUUGCAUCAAUGACACCUGUGGGAGCACCUCUUUAAUCCACGAACGAAGUACUUCUUGUACUUGUUCAUCGCGACGUGAGUCAAGAAGUACAACAAGUCGUACAACCCGCAUUCCCCCGUGGGUGAUACUUUUUAUGCAGAGGACGAAGUGUUGUAGUUAGUUCUUUCCAUUUAUUUCCAAUAGGAAUAAAACCAAGGUGGAUAAGUGAUUACUAUGUAUUACAUUCUUACUAGUGUGCCCUAUUGAGUCAAUUUCUGGAGGACAAAGUUCACCAGAAAGAUCGAUCUAUUAUCAAUAACGCCAAUGCGACCUCAGGCUGAAUUGUGAUGAAAAUUUAACAUAAAAUAAUUGAAUGACUCUCAUAAUGAUAUGACGAUGACCUCCACUACUUUCUUAGAUUUAUAUCAGAUAGAUAUGAUCGAUAAGUCUGUAACUAAUCGCCACGAACAAGAUUAAUACAAAAGAACGAAUACGUCAGAUCAAAAAAGAAAAUGAGUGGAAUUGGUAGUACUUACUCUUUCGGAGAACAUCCAUCGAUCAACAUGAAAGCUGUAUUUUUCAUCAGGUUAUUAAGAUGAUGCUUUAGCGUAAGUGGCGUGCGUCCCUCGAUGACCUUUGCACGUAUACUACGCGAAAUAGUGCUGAUAUGAUUGCUGCACAUAUGAUUACGAUGAGAAGUUUCUAUGUCAUUUAGGUAAAGAUGUAAGGAGUACCCACAAAUGUUGUGGGAUCCAUUGUAGGGGAAUGUUGGUGAACUGCAACGUGCUACAUUCAUACAUGUCAUUUAAGUAAAAGAACUUGUACAAAAACAUCAUGAAUUGAAGCUCGUGAACGAAACAUAGAGAUGAGACCACUCAGGAGAUAGACCACUUCGACUUCGAUGAAUUUAUAUCUUAGAAAGAGUUGUUGAUCUUGUGAUUGAAGAAUUGUUAGGUUUCGUUAGAAUAAUGAUAAUCUUGAAUCGACAGAACUGAACAAGGAGAAGACCGUGGCCGUGAGGAUAGGCUUUCUUUCUUAGUGGUCAUGGUGCCUUUAAGUUCGGCAUAUUCGAUUUCAAACAUACUAGUAUUAUAUAACAAGUCCUCGCAACUACUAACUAAUAGUAGUAUGUACUAUAUUCAAUCACCACAGUAAGGACGCAGGAUAAGCAAAGGGCCGUGCAGAAGUCGACGGUUGUGCAGGAGCGGAAGAUAAAAGACUAAUACUUCUCUUACAUCUGCUGGGGCGCAACUUGAGUGGGGAGUUGAUGGCACUGUCUGGAGGUUCCCCUUCGUCCCACGAUCUAGUCCUACAUCGACACAUCGCUAACCAGAAAUCAACAAAUACCAACCUUGAGGCUACCAGGAUGGACUAAACUAACUGCGAUUUUCUCUUUUUCGAGAGCACGUGGGGAGAAGGCUCAAUGGGAUGACGAGUACACCAUUUCGGGUUGCGGUUACCAUCGUCGGGAAUAACCAAAUUAGGUUCCUAUCCUGCGGUAGAGGAGCGGGGAUUCAAUUUUUUACGUACGGCGCGACACGGAUGCGGCGUAGGGUUUGCAUGCGAAACUGAUAAUAGUACGAAAAACCAUACUAGAACCAUACUGCGUAGUUGUCGGCGGGUGUUGCUAUGUUUGCUUUUGUGCGUAUUAUAAAUCCUUUUGCAGGUAUGGGCAUGUGUAGAUCCGUGUGUAUCAUAUUUUUGCGACUAACUAUGACUUGGUGUAGGCGUGUGAUUGUGAUGUUCUCCAUGCUAGGAACGAGUUGGCGCAUACAUUUCGUAAUCAAGGGUAUCACAUCAAUUUAAUUUUUGAUUUUAUUUUGAGCGUCGUCGGAAUCCAUACCGCCUCGCGUUUUUUCGCCAGGUUUUUAUCUCCGUCACGAAAAAUUACCCCUCCUUAUGGCCCUCAUGCUACAUAGAAGUAGUCGACACUGAUGAUUCGUAUUGACGGAUGGGAUGAUCCGUGGUAAGUUACAUAGAUUCGCCGUCUUCAUCACAACAGGCGAGCUGACGCAUCGGCGUUGGAUAUGAAAGAGUCGUGAUUCAAGGAUCUCGAUGCUGAAAAACAGAGACCCAGCAAGCUGCAUCGAUCUAGUCAGGCCUGCUAACAAAGCUUACCUAUAAUUGCUGUUAAGCUAGUACCUACAAGCGUAGAAAUAGAAGCCUUCUCUAAAUUCAAAAUUUCAUUCUGGACAUUCUUCUUGAUGAGAGCUGCAUGUCUUGUCGUGAUUAUGCACAAAGAGACCGAUGUUCGGAACAACCUUUGUCAUUUGGCCGAAUAGGUUCGGGUGGUCAAUAAAUAUCACUCUGGUCUUUAGAAAAAUAUGGAUGGAGUUGUUAAUUCUUGAUUACCCUCACGGUACAAAAUACUGGGACCACAAAUAGCGUAGGUACUAGACAGCAUAGAAUAAGAAUCAGGACAACUUGGUGGACCAUAUGAUUCCGAAGACGUCGUGCAUGCUUUGGCGGUUAUGAUUUAUAGUUGUACAUCAACAUCAUGUUUAGGUACUAUCUGAAUUUCCCUCAGUAUAAUCCAUGGUUACGCUGCUCUUCCCCGCAUAUGGUCAGAGACUAUUUUUGACCUAUUUUUCUUCCUUACAUCAAAAGCAGCUUCGCUACUUCUAAAACAAAUAUCAACUUCAUGUAUUUUAGAAUCUAAAUCACUUCCACCAUCAUCCAAACAUAUAAUUUACUUGGACAUUCUUUUAAUUUUCAUGACAGCACGACACGGACACAAGCUAUAACUUACUACAUGUUGCUAUGUUGGUGUCUUAUUCAAUUCUUCAUCAUAACAAGAAUAGUUCUUGAAAGCGGUCGAAUGAUCGAACGAAACAUUUGUUGUGCCUCAAACGACAAAGAACCAAGAACAUGGUCUGGUGUUUUACGCUCGCCAAUUGUAGACCCGUCGUGUCUUCCAACAACAUGAUCCCUCAUAAAAAUAUUGAAUCUUCUUGUAGUUGUUUUAUCUGCGCAGCUGAACAAAAGAUGUUUUCUGUGGUCGUCAGUGUCUACCCUUGUGGAAGCAUCUUCAG